UCCUUGCGGAGGCGGCCCGGGCCUCUGGAAGGAGAAGCCGCGGAAGUUCUUCGACCUUGGAUCACGAGGUUGGAACAGCGAUUUCUAUAUGCGCACAAUGGCGCAAUUUCCCAUCGAAGAUCUCGGUGCACCAUUUCUGGCACGCUUCUUCCGCAACAUUAGGUCCUCACGAAAAUCCCCCUACCCAUCCCACAUGUUGAGCAAAACGACCUGUUGCUUUCUUACUGCUAUUUUUAGGGGCUCUCAAGUGUCUCGGCUCCGGCAUUGAGAGUGAGGCUAAGAUUCCUCUUCAUUCCUGUCUUUCACUCCCCUCACCCUCCAGCCCGGCUCACUUUCCAGUCCUCUUGAUGGAUCCUGGACUGGAAUUACAGCUUCGAGAGAGAGAGAGAGAGAGAGAUAGAUAACAGGGUUAUCUGUUGCGCCGAAAGGUUUUGACUCAUGACAUGUCACCGACACAUGUCUUAUGGCUCAUCUCCUGGCGCGUUACAGCCAAGUCGUCACGCAAGUUUAGCCAGUUCUUAGUCAAGCGCUCGCGUUUAUACCGCUCGAGGAGCCGCACGAAGUCAGGAAGGUCGGUCCCGAUUACCGUUUGGAUGGGAGAUCACCAGAAGAUCACCCAGUGGAAGUCGAGAAAACACCCCAGAAGGAGGCAAUGGCAAACUACUUCCCUUGUGUUACCUGAAACUUAGCUAAGUUCCAUUUGAGGGAAUCCUUAUCUCUUUUUCCAUCUUCGUGGUGCCAUAAGAUUGUUCUUGUUCAGGGCAGUAAAGCAUGAAACCUGCUUUAGCUGAUUACUGUAUUCUAGUCCUCUCUUUUAUCUGUGUACUCAGAUCAGUUCUAAUUUAUACCAUGGUCCAUAAAGGAGUCAUAAUAGUGAACUAAAUCUUUCAGUGCAGAGGUUUCAAUGUGGUUUUGUGGCAGGAUUAUGAUUAUGAUAACAGAGAAAUGUGUCCAGGAAUAUAUUGGAAGGCAGAUGGUGUUUGAAGAAAACAAUCCUUUAAGGCUUGACUGCUCAAUUCAACACUAUGAACGUGCAAACUUUACCCUGAACUGGUACAUGAAUGGAAAUGACACGCCUUUAGUUACACAACUUUUUCCAAGAGUAUUCCAAGAGAAAACCAGCCUCUGGUUUAUCCCUGCAAUAGGUCAAGAUUCAGGAUUGUAUCACUGUAUUAUAAGUUAUAGGAAUUCAACAAAAUGUUAUAAGUACAGCGUCCCAAUUGCAGUUCUCAAUAACAGCGCUGGUCGUUGUUUUAACGAACAAUACUACCUUAAGCAAACCUUGUUUCCAAGAGGACCAUCCCCGAUUGUGUGUCAUCAAGUGAAUAUGUUUGGACAGAAAGUAGAUUAUCCUUCCAUCCAUUGGUAUAAGGAAUGUGAGCCAAUACAAGGAGAACGAUUUGAGUUGUUUACAAACCAUCUUAUUUUCAAAGAUGUGAAAAAAGAUGAUGAGGGAAAAUAUGUAUGCAAAGGAACCUAUACUUUUAGGGGAAAUAAAUACAAUUUUUCAAAUAGUAUUUUAAUGAAUGUAUUAGAAGAUUUAGCCAGGAAAAGAACUGAAAUUUUGUACCCCAUAAACCAUACUAUUGAAGCUGAUGUUGGAUCCAAUGUCUUUACAGAGUGUAAUGUAUCAAGUUUCAAAGACACACCGAUUUCUAUAUCCUGGAGAGUCAAUAAUACUCUAGUUGACAAUCUAUUUGAAGGUAGAAUUAUAGAAGGAUUUCAAACAAAUAUUCCAAAGGAAGGAGCAGAGAUUUUUACGGUGUCUCUGAACAUUACAAAGUUGAAAAAUGAAGAUUAUGAUCAGUACUUUACUUGCCAUGCAGGUGAAGUUGCAGCAUACAUCAAAAUACAGCGCCCAACCAAAAACCGUGCAGCUUUUGUGAUAUUGAUACUACUACUGAUUAUACCUGUAUUAAUCUGCAUCUUGUUCAAGAUUGAAAUUGUCCUUUGGUAUCGGAAAUCAUGUCGUCCUUUUUUUCAUAAAAAAGUUUCAGAUGGGAAAAUCUAUGAUGCAUAUGUGUUAUAUCCAAAAAUCAGCAGUCAAGUUGACUUUGUACUGAAAUUACUGCCUGAAGUUCUGGAAAAACAGUGUGGAUACAGUCUUUUUAUACCUGGCAGGGAUGAUUUGCCAGGAAAAGCCUUAGUCAACGUUGUUGAUGAAACCAUUACGCAAAGUAGGAGGCUGAUUAUGAUUCUAGUAUCUGGGUCGUCCAGCUCAGAAGAAGCUCCUGAGCAGAAUAUAGCAGUGUAUCAUGCUCUGAUACCUGAUGGAAUCAAAACUAUCCUGAUCGAAAUGAGUAAGAUAAAGGAUUACAGCAACAUGCCAGAAUCCAUUAGAUACAUCAAGCAAAAACAGGGAGCUAUCAGAUGGAAAGGGGACUUCAUGAAGAAAGACUCUUCUUCGGCCAAUAGUUCCUUUUGGAAAAAGGUCAGAUACCGAAUGCCACCGGAACAUCAAGGUUCCCAAGAACUAGCUUUGAUGCCAGCUCCUUGCAGCGCCUCCCAGAUGAUAGAAGCAUAGUCUUGAGACCAUUUCAGAAUCCCUCUGGAAGGAUGUUUGCAUUGAAGCUGAUGCAACAUGUCCAAUAUGGUCGAUAUGGAUUCCUAAAUUUAUAUGUCAUAUUGGAACUUAGUUUCUUUUUUUUAAUUUUUUAAAAAUUAUUUUUAUAACAUAAUAUGCAAGACAUACAACAUUUAUAUAAAUACUCUUUUUAUAGUUAUUUCUUGAUGGUCUUUCUUUGUUAUUCACAAUUUCUCCUUAUUUCUCUUUGUAUUAUUCCAAUUUACUACUUGUCCCCUUCGUUUUAUUUACAAUAUAUUUCUCGUCAUUCUUAACAAUUUCUUAAUUUAUAUGCUUAAACAAAUUCUUUCUUUACUUUAUAACGUUUCUAUCAUUUCUCCCUAUUUUUCUUCCUCAUUUUUCCUUUCUUCCAACCACUUAUACCAUUUAUGCCAAAUCAUAUAAUAUUCUGUGUCCUCCUUUUCUUUAAGUUCUUUUGAGAAUUUACAGUAGUUUCUUUUUUAUUCACCAGAGUAAGGUACUCCCAUAAACCGAAUUGUACAGUAUUUUCAUUUGCGUUUUUUAAAAAAUAUAAUGUGAAGAAGGAUUUUUUGAUAAAGAAUUCUUGCUUACAAAUAUGGUAUAAAUACCCAUGACUUACUGGCUAAUUUUAUACCAUCCAUUUAGUUUCAGAUACCAAUCCUGCCUCAAUGUAUGUUUCCAGGUUCUGUGCAGCAGCAUACAAAAUUCAUCUGACGAUAACCUGUGCUAUAAACUAGAUUUCCUGAGCACCUAGUUUACCAUGUUAUUAAAGUGCUUUGUUACUUGGUAGAUCUAGUUUUCCAAAUAUUAACCUUUUGUGCUCUCCUGCAACCAUGUAAUGCUCCUACCCCUUCUUUUAGACACUCAUUUUUAAAUAUGCUUUUUAUUGUUUUCACUUUGUAGUAUAUUGUUUACAUUUUCUAGAUUUUUUUUAAUAAGCAUGUUUAGGUUUUUAUUUUUGAUGUAUCCUUUAAGCUUUUUAAAUGACGGAUUCUGCCCUCCUUAUAUUGGUCAGCGUCUUCAGUUUGACUUGCUCCAUUUUUUAAUACAAUUUUUGGAGGUUUCUCAUUUUCAAGAGAGAAAAUACACUUGUGGGAGGUUGCAUUUCCACUGGCAUCCUAUUUUUGAACCUCUGCUCCCCUUAGUGAGAACUAAGUGGUGGAUUAGAUAAGCCCUUGAUACAGUCUUAUUUUUUCAGACUCUUUUUGCAGGUAUACUAACAUAAUAGGCUAGGAGGCCUGAAAUCUUUUGAAUGCCCUGUCAUUAAUAUUCCCUUUUGUUAGGUGUCUAAAGCAUUAGAAAGAGGCCCUACACCAUUGUGUGACAAUGCAAAUUAUUUCUCUUCAAACCUACAGACAAGUCUUUUUGCAAGGUUCAUCCUGUUGCUUUGGAAGAUUUUUCCAGCUGCCUCUCCUAUGGGCAUGCACACUUUGCUUCAUGAAGAGAUAAAGAUAGAUAACAGUCAGGGGCAACUUCUGAGAACACUUAUACAAGCUGGAAACAGAGGCAUUCAUCAUUUGAAGAGAGUUGCUUUUCUUACACCCCUGUGUUGCAUAAAGCAUCCCUUUGGGCUGCCUUAACACAGCUGAGGUCACUGUCUGAUGUGCAAGAUGACUGGGUUAUUUUGGAUUUAUCCUCAACAGCUGCAAAAUGCCAUUUUGUUUGGAACAGGCCAUUUUUAUGAGUUCUUCUUAUAUAACAUAAACAGUUGACCAUAUCAGUAUCAACACUGCUUUAUAAGCAGUUAGUGUACUUAUUCUAUAAACAUUUAAAUUUUUAACACAGCUGAGAGUCUGUUUAGCAGUAUAUUUGCAACAUGCUCUUUUUUUUUGCUUGUAAAUAUAUUCUAAUGUUUGUAUAUUAUUUUUAUGAUGUGAACUGUCCAGAAUUGAUUAAAACCAUGUGGAUGCCUAAGUAAAAUUAAAUAAAUAAAUACUGUUUCUCCUUCUAGUCACAAA